UUCCGAUUAACGGUCCAGAGCUUCCGCCAUGUCGUCCAGACCUUUUGAAAGUCCACCGCCUUAUCGACCUGACGAAUUCAAACCUUCACAAUAUGCACCGAGUAAUAAUACAUAUGGUGGUGAAUUCCAUUCUCAGCCCAUGUUCUCCCAGCCAGCGUAUUCUUACUAUCCGGAAGAAGAAGUGCAACAUUUCUACAAAUGGACGUCCCCUCCAGGAAUAAUCAAGAUCAUGUCAAUUCUCAUAAUAGUGAUGUGUAUUGGUGUCUUUGCUUGUGUUGCUUCCACGCUACCUUGGGACCUAGAUAUGUAUGGAAGUACUCUGGGGACUGGUAUGGGAUAUCCUAGCUAUGGUGGAUCUGGUUUUGGAGGCGGCUAUGGUUACGGCUAUGGCUACGGAAGUAAUAGCUAUGGAAGCAGUGCUUAUGGCCUUGGAGGGAAUUAUAUUGAACCUCGGUCUGCAAAAGGCUUUAUACUUGCGAUGGCAGCUUUCUGCUUUAUUGCUGGACUGGUGGUUUUUGUAAUAGGCGUUACCAAGAAUAGCAUGGCCAAGUCAACAAAGUAUUAUCUCAUAAUCAUCAUAGGAAGUGCUCUCUUGCUGUUCUUGAUGUUCAUUGCUACCAUAGUAUAUGUGCUGGCAGUCAACCCAACUGCACAGGCUUCAGGAUCGGUGUUCUACAAUCAAAUUUAUACCCUAUGCAGUCAAUUUUAUGCUCCAAGUGCCGCAGUCUUUGUGAAUCAAUAUUUGUAUCACUAUUGUGUGGUGGAACCUCAGGAGGCUAUUGCCAUUGUCUUAGGGUUCCUGAUUGUCGUAGCUUUCAUCAUCAUAAUAUUCUUUGCGGUAAAGACACGGAAUAAGAUGAAUCGCCAUGGUAAAAUAAAUAUCCUAUGGGAUAAUAUAAAAGAUUAUGAAGAAGCUCCCAAUGUAGAAGAAUGGGUGAAAAAUGUUGCGCCUGCAUCACCCAUGCCAGUAACUGACUACCCAGACAGAGUUGCUAGUUCUAUGGCUUACUCAACUUCUGAUGUUCCCGCGCAUCGUGCCUAUCCUGAAAAUAACUACAGAUCUACUCCGGUGCUUGGAACUACUGAUCCUUUAACAAAACAGUCUCCAUUUGCUAAUACCAGCAGCUACAAUGGGUCAGCUAAGGAUCCAGCACAAAAAAGAAAAGCAGGAAGACCGAAAAGAAUCAACACUGACAACUAUGAUGCAGAUUAUACCACUGGAGGGGAAUCGUGUGAUGAACUGGAAGAGGACUGGGACAGGGAAUAUCCAGCUAUAUCAUCAGACAAUCAAAGGCAAACAUACAAACGAGACUUUGAUGCAGGGCUGCAAGAAUACAAGCGUUUGCAAGCAGAGCUUGAUGAAAUCAGUAAAGAACUUUCUCGCCUUGAUAAAGCAUUGGAUGACUACAGUGAAGACAGUGAGGAAUAUAAGGCUGCUGCUGAGGAAUACAACAGAUUGAAGGAUAUCAAAGCAUCAACAGACUAUAAGAACCGAAAGGAGCACUCCAAGAAGCUGAAGAGCAAACUAUCACACAUUAAAAGGAUGGUCACUGAUUAUGAUAGUCGGAAGUCAUAACAAGGGGUGGGGAGAAUGUUUGCUUAAAUGUGUACAUUUUCAUAAAGCUGGGAUGCAGUUGUUUUGGAUCACAGGUAAUUGAAGA